CAGCAGAACAUGGGACUAUCACAAAUGUUCCAGAACGACUGAUUUACGAACAUUUAUCAUAACAUUUGACUGCUAAGUAUUUUCUCCACAUAUUCAGUUUAAGAAUAUUAUAAAAACGUUAUGUAAAACGAGAACAUUUUUAAACUUUGUCGAUGCUGAGGAAAAUAUAGCAUUUUAGGUUGUUUGGAUGGGUUAUAAUUAUCCCUCAGUCCCUUAAUCGCACGUUGGCGUCCGUUUAGCCCAUGGAGCUAUAAAAUAGGUUUAGCCACGAACUCUGUAUGAUGCAGUAAUGGGUGGGUUUAAAGAUGCAUACCAAGAUGUCCAGCCUGUAACUCUUAGACUUGCAGAGGAGAAUGUCAUUUCCAGCCUCUACUGCAGCUCAGCAGAGGGCAUUGAAGUUCAUGCAUCCACUUUGGUGGAAGCUUUCUUGGUUGAAGUAUACAGAUGUAGAGUCUGUCAAUUUACCAGCAGCCAAAAAUCCAGAAUUAGCCAUCAUGUCAUGGAAAGACACGAUCCAGCAUCUCCAUGCCCCCAUCUACCCUGCCUGGAGAAAGAGGAUGAAGAGAGUUUGGAUGUGGGAAUGAGGGUUGAUGAUGAAGCAGAGGAUGACCAAAAUAACUCUCCCUACGACCUGGAAAGGGACCUUCAUUCUGGCUCAAAAAGUAAUGAGGAUCAGAUGGAUAUGGAGCGCAUGUCUUUUCUUCUUCCGAUGUAUGGCAUGUUUCAGAACAUCAGCCCACAGUCAUGUGACAUCAGCCUGGGCUCCAACUCUGAUGGCAACCUGCAUGUGGCACAGACUUGUGAGGUUAGCACAUUAUUUGAGGAGGAGAGGCAAGAUGAAGACAGUGAGGAGGAGCCUGUGUUUCAGCUAAAGGAUGCUAGCACGGAUCUGGCUGUCUCUUUGAACAGUGGAAUGGACACACAUGUCCAAGAAGAGGAGAUGGCCCAGUCAGCUCAUCUAAUGACUCUUGGACUGUGCAGAAUCUCCAGCACAAAGUGUCCUCCCCUGUCUGCAAGUUCAGCAAAAAAACUGUCCCAUCCAUCAGGUGAGCAUGAUGCUGCAGAUAACAGCAUGGAUAGAAACCCUUUGCUGUCGGUUGAUGAAAUGCAGAAGCCUUCAGAGGAGGAUGGUGAUGGGUCCUGCAUCCUCUGCCAAACUGUUGCAUCCAGUCGUAGUAUGCUAGAAGUGCACCUGAAAUGCCACAAUGGAGACCAAGGAUUCAGAUGCCCUCGCUGUGGCUGGGAGUCAGAAGAGUGGGUUGAUAUGGAGCAGCAUUGGAGAGGACAUGGAAAGAGAAAAGGCUCUAAGACUCAUAAAUGUAGUGUUUGUCCAAAGACAUUUAGGAGAGCUGAUUCCCGUGAUGCUCAUGAAGAAAGGCACAAUCAACGCCGUCACUGUCGAUCUGAAUCAGCCCCACUAGAACAGUGCUCUUUUUGCCUGGAAUGGUGUCGUUUGGGGAAGGAGUGGGAGAUACACCAACAAUGUCAUUUUCAAGGAGGGUUUAAAUGUUUACACUGUGAUUUUACAGAGAAGUCAUGGAAGAAGACCCUAAAACAUAUUCACACUCAACACAAACAUGGUAAUACAAAUCAAGAGAAACCGGUUGUUCAUAGUAUAGAACACCACCAACUUAACACACAGACAUCCACUAAGUAUCCAGAAUGCCUCAGAAAGAUGAAGCCAGAGUCAUGGUGCCAGGUUAGGAAGAAAAAAGUGAAAAACAGGGUUGUAGGAACAGAGAAUGGCAAUGAAGGACAAGGGAAGGACAGACUCAGACACUUGAAGGGUGAGACACCUGCUGGACUCGCUGUUUCCCGAAGGAAAGAGUUCUGCUGCAACCUCUGUGACAAGAAGUUUUCAACCAAGUUGACAAUGCGUCGCCAUAUGGGGAUUCAUCAGGGUGAUAAGCCAUUUAAGUGUCCACACUGCCACUACUGCACUCGUCUCAAAGCUUCACUCAUACAGCACCUCCGUGUCCAUACAGGUGAAAAGCCAUUCAAGUGUUCUCAGUGCUCCUAUGCAUCUAUUGACAGUAGCUCUUUGCGCAGACACUCAAGAACGCACACACAAGAAAAGCCUUACUGCUGCCAGUACUGUCCUUACAGCAGCAUCCAAAAGAAGAGCUUAGACCUCCAUUCACGGCGUCAUCACACAGGAGAGUCCUUCCCCUGCCACCUGUGCCAGUAUUCAACACCGGACCGCCAGCUGCUGGUGCGACACAUAAGGAAACAUCACAGUGCGGAGCAGCCCAGCACACUGGGCCAUAGGAACAACUCGUGUUCGAACUCCCAAACUGCACCUUCUCAAAGAGCAAGGACAUCCAAAUAA